AUGAACCGGCUGUGCGACGUGGAGCCCAGGGUGAUGGAUGAUGAGAUGCUCAAGCUGGCCGUCGGGGAGCAGGGCCUGCGAGACGAGGCCGGGCAGCUGGCCAAGCAGGAGGGCAUCCUCUUCAAGGACGUCCUGUCCCUGCAGCUGGACUUCCAGAACAUCCUCCGCAUCGACAGCCUCUGGCAGUUUGAGAACCUGCGGAAGCUACAGCUGGACAACAACAUCAUCGAGAAGAUAGAGGGCCUGGAGAACCUCACACACCUGGUCUGGCUGGACCUGUCCUUCAACAACAUCGAGGCCAUCGAGGGGCUGGACACGCUGGUGAACCUGGAGGACCUGAGCCUGUUCAACAACCGGAUCUCCAAGAUCAACUCGCUGGACGCGCUGGUCAAGCUGCAGGUGCUGUCGCUGGGCAACAACCAGAUCGACAACAUGAUGAACAUCAUCUACCUGCGGCGGUUCAAGGACCUGCGGACGCUCAGCCUCUCGGGGAACCCGGUCGCCGAAGCCGAGGACUACAGGACGCUCAUCUGUGCCUACCUCCCCGACCUGGUGUACCUGGACUUCCAGCGCAUCGACGACCACAUGAAAGAGCUGGCGGAGAUGAAGCACCGGUGCAGCGUGGACGAGCUGAAGCACCAGGAGAGCCUGACGCGGGCCCAGCUGCAGGACGAGCAGGCCCGGUGGGAGGGGCUGGAGGGGCACAAGGCGGCCUUCGUGGAGCACCUGAACGGCCCCUUCCUGUUUGACAGCAUGUACGCCGAGGACGUGGAGGGUAGCCAGCUGUCCCACCUGCCCGGCGUGGGCGAGCUUGUGCAGACCUACAAGGACAAGUUCGUCAUCAUCUGCCUGAACAUCUUCGAGUUCGGCCUGAAGCAGCAGGAGAAGCGGAAGGCGGAGCUCGACACCUUCAUGGGGUGUGUCCAGGAGGCCGUCCAGGAAAAGCAGGAGCAGGGCAAGCACAAGAUGGCCAAGUUUGAGGAGAAGCACCUGCUGAGUUUAAGCUCCCUUCGAGACGAGUCUGAACUGACCAACUUCGAGAUAAAGAUGGCAGAGCACAGCGAGGACAUCACCGAGCUGGUCAACGUGCUCAUGACGCUGGAGAUGCAGCUGGUGGAGCAACUGGAGGAGACUAUUAACAUGUUUGAAAGGAACAUCAUCGACUUGGUGGGACUCUUUGUCGAAAGCGUCCAAAGCCUGAUGGCUCAGUGCCGGGACCUGGAGAACCACCACCACGAGAAGCUCUUGGAGAUCGCCAUCAGCACCCGGGAGAAGAUACUCAAGUGCGAGCUGGAGGAGGACCUGCCGGACGCCGUGCGUCUGCUCUUUGUCGACAAAGACACGAUCGUUAACGCGGUCGGGGCCUCACACGACAUCCACCUCCUGAAGAUCGACAAUCGGGAAGACGAGCUGGUGACCAGGGUCAACUCCUGGUGCGCACACCUUGUGGACAAGAUUCGCAAGGACGAGAUCAUGAGGAACCGCAGGCGCGUGAAGGAGAUCAACCAGUACGUCGACCAUGUAAAGAGCGAGCUGGACAGCCUGGAGUACAGCGACCUCCUGGACUAG